GCGAAAGCGGGGAGAAAGAGGCCGGUACGCUGGGAGGAGGAGGAGGAGGAGGCGGGGAAACCGGCUCGGCCUGCGCCAGGCCGCUCCCCCAGCAGCUGCAGGUGGAGCCCGCAGAGGUAGCCGAUUCCGCCGCCGCCGGCGCCGCUGCUGCAGCUUCUUCCCCGGGGCCGCCCUCCAGGCCCCGAGGGUGCUGGCGUGGGGGCACCCGGUGCUGGUCCGCGGUCCCGCAGCUGCGCCUCCGCGCCUCGCCCAUGGCUGAGGGCCGGCGGUGGGACGACGAGGAGGAAGAGCUGCGGGAGCUCGGGGGCUCGCGCCGCGCCCGGGGCCGUGCGCUCUCGGGCCACUCGGCCGCAGAUCGCAACGAACGAAAUAAACCAGAGCAUCGUUCUUCAAGCCAAGGACCCUUGUCAUCCAUUAGAGCGGUAAUCAAGAGAUCUUCUCGGACUUCUGUUCAGAGUGAUCUUCAUCGAGAUAGGAGGCGCCCGGAGAUCACCAUUGUGGCAGCUGAGCCGCUGAGGCCGACCUCAUGGUUCCCAGGAGCCCCGCCCCCAGGACUGGGAUUUCCCCCGGCCUCCGCAGCUGGCCCUUGGAGGCCCAGUGAGCUGGUUCCUUCUGAGCUCCCACCGUCUUACGAACAAGUCAUAAAAGAAAUCAACCAAGUUCAAGUUAAUACAACAAAUAAUAAUAAUGCUGCUGCCUCUCCAAGGCACACUAUUACUUCUGCAACUCAGACGGACUUUUCAGAAGAAAUAGACAACCAUCUGCCUCAAAGUAAUGCAACACUACCGGCACCCCUUCAACCUCUUCAGCCUUCCCCAGCAGUCUCGGCCCGUGAUCCUCCAACAAAUGCGGCGCCUUUGAUAGUCUUUGACAGUUCUGAAGAACAGAACUGUCCAGGAAACCCCAGUGCUGCAAGAUGUCCAGUGCCAAGACCAAGAUCAAAAAGCAACCUCAGGCCGGUAGCCAGAGAGCCUCACAUUAAAGAGCAGAACCACCAGAAAACCAGCCCAGGGGCCUCAGGGGCGGCGCCAUCCCCAGGCCGACUCCAGUCUCUGUUGGACGGUACCAGCGACUUGGACAGUCAGCCUGUGAUGAACACUAUGAACACAGAACAAAGCCAAAACAGUAUUGUUUCAAGGAUCAAAGCGUUUGAUAGUCAGACAAACACAGACACCUCUGGACUGCCCAAGAAACCAGAGAUUGCGCCCCGCACACUUCCCCCCAGGCCUGCUGUUCCCUCAGGGAAACCCUCCGUGGCUCCCAAACCAGCUGCUAACAGAACUUCUGGAGAACUGGACUCCUGGCACGAGAACAGACUCAAGGUGGCCUCUAGGGAGGGGCUCAACCCACACUCUCCACCACAAGAAGUAGGGAGCCUCCCGGUAACCAAACCUGAAUUGCCAAAGAAACCAAAUCCUGGCCUUACACGAAAUGUCAAUCAUGAAAUCCUGGGAGGAGGGCCCGUGGCCGAGAGCCCCGACGGCAGCGGCAGCAAGAGAGUCCCAACUCCUGCUCCGAGGCCUGUGCUGCCGAAGAAAUCAGGUUCCUCAGAAAACCCCACCUACCCUGCAGCUUUGCUGAAACCAGUCCCUGUUCCUCCCCGCCUCUCGGUGGCAUCGCAAGCCAAAGCCUUCAGGUCCCUGGGCGAAGGACCCUCGGCCAACGCCCCUGUUCCAGGCCUGCAGAGCAAGCCUCCAGGGGACUUCGACCUCAUCAGUUUUGAUGAUGAUGUCUUACCCACCCCACCUGGGAACGUGGUUGAAGACUCUGUUGGUUCGGAGAUGGUUCUGGAUCCCUUUCAGCUCCCCACAAAAACAGAACCAACAAAAGAACGAACAGUUCAACCAGCACCCGCCAGGAAGCCCACUGUGAUUCGAAUUCCAGCCAAACCAGGAAAAUGUUUACAUGAAGAUCCACAAAGCCCGCCUCCUCUCCCAACUGAAAAGCCUAUUGGAAACACUUACAGUACAGCAUCUGGAAAACCCAGUAACGUUGAAAGAACGAGAAGUGUGGAAUCCGACCAGGCUGGUCACACAGGAGGUUCUGUGCGAGGACCCCCAAGGCUGCCCCCAAGACCUGUAAAUGGAAAAGUCACACCAGCUCGGCAACCUCCCCCGAAGGCGCCCCCUGAAAGACCACCUCCCCCGAGACUUUCUGCAACCAGGACAUCAAAUAAAAAACUGCCUUUUAAUCGGUCUUCUUCUGACAUGGAUCUUCAGAAGAAACAAAACAACUUGGUGUCCAGACUCUCCAAAGCCAAGAGUCAAGUUUUUAAAAGUCAAGAUCCAGUGCUCCCCCCUCGCCCGAAACCAGGACACCCUCUCUACAGGAAAUACAUGCUGUCAGUGCCUCAUGGAAUUGCCAAUGAAGACAUCGUCCCGCAAAACCCCGGAGAACUCUCUUGUAAGCGUGGGGAUGUACUUGUGAUGCUGAAGCAGGCAGAAAAUAAUUACUUCGAAUGCCAAAAGGGAGAAGACACUGGUAGAGUUCACCUGUCUCAGAUGAAGAUUAUCACCCCACUUGAUGAACAUCUUAGGAGCAGACCAAACGAUGCAAGCCACCCGCAGAAGCCUGUGGACAGUAGCACUCCUCAUGCCGUUGUUCUUCAUGAUUUCCAAGCAGAACAAGUCGAUGAUUUGAGUCUCACUUCUGGAGAAAUUGUUUAUCUUCUGGAAAAAAUAGAUACAGAUUGGUACAGAGGGAAAUGUAGAAAUCAGACUGGGGUAUUUCCUGCCAACUACGUCAGAGUAAUUGUUGAUGUUCCAGAAGGCGGAAAUAGGAAAAGAGAAUCAGUUUCAUCUCAUUAUGUUAAUAAAGGUCCAAGAUGUGUUGCGCGGUUUGAGUAUAUUGGAGACCAGAAGGAUGAGUUAAGUUUCUCGGAGGGAGAAAUUAUUAUUCUGAAAGAGUAUGUGAGUGAAGAAUGGGCCAGAGGAGAGCUUCGAGACAGAACUGGGAUUUUCCCCCUGAACUUUGUGGAGCUCCUCGAGGAUCACCCCACCUCUGGUACAGACGUUUUAAGCACAAAGGUACCACAGAGGAUGAAAAAAGAAGAUUCUGGAGCAAAUUCUCAGGAUAACGGUCUCUCUGGAGAAUGGUGUGAAGCUCUGUACAGUUUCACGGCGGAGACCAGUGAUGACCUGCCCUUCAGGCGGGGAGACCGGAUCCUGAUCCUCGAGCAUCUGGACUGCGACUGGUACAGGGGCAGGCUGCGUGACAGGGAGGGGAUCUUCCCAGCAGUCUUCGUGCGGCCCUGCCCCGGUGUGACAGCAGCAGCAGCUGAGGCAAAAAGCCUGUCUCCUUUAGCACUGAAGGCGGGGAAGAAGGCCAAAGCCCUGUAUGAUUUCCAUGGGGAGAAUGAAGAUGAGCUUUCCUUCAAGGCUGGAGAUAUAAUAACAGAGCUGGAAUCUGUAGAUGACGACUGGAUGAGUGGAGAACUAAUGGGAAAAUCUGGAAUAUUUCCCAAAAACUACGUUCAGGUUUUACAAGUCAGCUAAAGGUGAAGCUCUACUGUGUUCCUUGGCACAAGAACUCACUUGAACUAUCACUUUGACUAUCAGAUAUGGUGUUUUGUUUGUUUUUGUUUUUGCACUAUUUUUUUUAAACUGAAAGAAAUAUCUAUGCUGUAUAUGGUACACUAGAAUUUUCUGAAAGCGGAGAAUGUCUAGAUUUUGUGGUUAGCUUCCACUCACAGUAGAAACAUGCAUGUGAAAACCCAUGAGAAAGCAUUCUACCGAGGAAAACAUCAAGCAAGAUCAGCAAGGCAGGCGAACACUUGCCUCAGAAAAGUGCCUGGUGAUAGAACCGCACAGGGAGGCUUACAAGCAAAAGUUGCGUUUGGACAUCUCUUUUCAUCAGCAAGAAUCAACUAACCAUGCUUCUUUAUUUUUUUACUUUCGUUUAAAGACAGGACAUUUGAUACAUUUCACUUCUGAUGCUCAAAUUUAUUCUAACAGCUUGAAUGCAUUAUCCUUAUUUACCAGGGCAAAUCCUUGUUUCAGUAACAGGUAGUUUAUUCUCUAGCGGGAGCCUUUAUAAGAAUGUGGUGAGUCAGCUCGUGCUCACCGAAUGCUACUUGUGUUAGUGUUUCAUCUUUGUCCAAGGAUUUCAGUGGGGUUAAAAUUCGAUGCAUCUUAGAAGAACCAAAACCAUCCUGAGAUACCUUGCUAAUAUGACUAACCCUUCUACAUACCAGCCCUACUCACUUUUUUCCUCCAUUUAUACUUUAUGUUAACAGGGUUGUUAUAAAGCACAUUCUCUGAUCCUACAAUCAUUCUUUUGACAAUUACUGGUACCCAAAGAAAAAUUCAUUUUCUUUGUGUUACCCCAGUAAUACAGAAAAGCUGCUGUGUCUUGUUACAGUGGUACAUGAUGAAUCACAUACAUCUCAGAACACAGAGUGACUGUUAAGGUGGAAAACAGUGUCGAGCCCCCACAGCUCAUUUCUUCCCAAUAUAAUCAGAAAGAAAAACAAUUGAGAAGACUGAAGGCUGAUAGUCUUUUGGUUUUUGUCCCAGCUCAUCCCCAUAUUAGAGUAAGUAAAAAAAAAAACCCUUUCCUGCUGUAUCCAUUGUUAUGCAUGCCAGGCGUAAGAAAAAAGUGGUUCUUUUAGGACUAAAUCAAUUAUAGUUUAUGGGCGAAAGCCAAAUAGAUUGAAGACAAUCUUCCAAACAGAUACAUGGAACAGAAUUUCACUGGAAAGGUACACCACUUUGCCACCAAUGUUCAUGACUUUCUUCUAUUUUUCAGAAGAGUUUCAUAAACUGGGCCACUUUUUAGUGUUACUGUUUCUUAUUGUCCAAAAGGUUAGGCAGCCAAUGGUCAGACCAUUAUGUGAACAUGAGAUGGGGGGAGUUCAUCUUUUUUUUUUUUUUUUUUUACUUCAUCUUUGGUUGAAGGUCAUCUCAGCUAUAUGGUUAUAAUUGAUAACAGGGCUGUUUUCCCUAUAUGUUUUGGGUAGAGAAGACAAUACAAAGAAAAUUCUUGUCAAAUUUUACUCAAGAGCAAUUUCUUAAGAAAUGGAUGACUUCCCAAUUAAAUUUCCAUUUGCAGCAAGUUGUAUGAUAGGAAGUAGGGUGUAUGUCUGGAAUAGGACAUGAUGUAUAUUUCUUUGCCUGUGUAAUCUUAACAUAUUAAAGAUCAUGAAAACUUAGCUUUAUUGGAGAAAAAUAUCCUCUUAAAUUUUAGCCUUCUGUCAGCAGAAUGAUAAGUGCAAUAGUUGUACAUCUAUUUGACAUUAUAAUAAACUGAACUGAACUUUUCAGUCCUUUUCUCAUA